AUCUAAGACCAUAAAAUUCCUAUCACAGUCUCCAUCCCGGCCGAAAGGAAGGUCUGUUUCGGAGGAGAAUCCAGGCCUUUUCCUCGUCGAUAUUUUGCUGCCAGGACUGAUGAAAGACAACGAUGCCCCGUCAUGGAUUUUUAAACGGAAUCUGAUCUCCCGGCUCCCGAAAAGGGAACUUGAUCCGCUUGCAAAGAGAUCUUCCGAAAGCCCGGCGAAAGAAAAGAGGUUAAAGAGGAGAGAGGCGUCUUAUUACGACCAGAAAGAGAGAGGAUUCGCUCCCCGGUUUGAUCUUCAAAGCAAAUUUCGUCAGAGAGGGAGCUUCUUAGACCCCAAACCGUUGCAGGGGUAUCUUUCUACCCCCUUCGAAAAGGUCCAGCUGAUUCAAGGAGAGAAAAGAUCCGACAGGAAGAAAAGGAAGUUCAGAGAAAGGAUUUGCAAGUUGCAAGGGGUAGAAAACUAAACAGCAACAAACAAUGCCCUGACCCGGAAUGAGCGGGCCGGAUCCUGCUUGCAAAAAGCACCAAAACCGGCACGUUUGCAAAGCUCCUCUGCUCCCGGUCGCUCCUCCUCUGCAGCAACAAGAAAAAAGUUUUCCAGAAAUGUAGGGCUAUUCCUUCCCCCAUCAUGACCGACAGCGAGAUGGAAUUCAAGUCGGAGGCGAAUUCGGUGACCGACCCCCCAGAGACCCUCUCCAUGGACUUAGAGGAACGCAUGGCGACAGACCCCGAUGCCCCCCCAAAACCCGGAACAGAUGCUUCUUCCGUCUGGGAACAGCCCGGUCCCUCUCCCGGCAGUCUGCAAGCCCCUGUUCCAAAAGGAGAAUCCGGGAUCUCCGAAUUGGCGGCGCCCGAGACCCAGAGCGGCUCAGAUAUUGCCAAACGAUCCGAUUGGCUUUUGAAUCCGCCGGAUUCCAGCCCCCAAGGUUACAAUCAAGCAGUCAGCCAGGGCUGCAGCAGGGACUCAAUGGAGGCGUCUCCCGAACCCGUGUCCGGGGACCCCGGCUGGACGCCGGGCCCCCAAGAAGCCUUGGAGGAAAGCAACCUGCAGCCCGCAGCCCCGGCCGAGCUUCUCGUAGAAAUGGAAGAUGCGGACAUCGCCCGGGAGGAAGAGGAAGACGCCCCGGAUUCCGAUCACCUACAUCUUCACGGCCUCCUGACCCGCCUGCAGCGACUCAGCCCGAAUUUCGAGGACCGUUCGCCCACGUCCGAAGACGGGUUGCUGGCCGCCUCUGACGGCGAAGAAAGCCGUGUUUCCGAAGGCGACGGAGACCCUCUCCUGGCGCCCGAAGAGUGCCAGGGGACCCCUUGCCCGCUCCACAUCGCCACGGGGCACGGGAUGGGGGGUCCGCCGCGCCCGCGGAGGGGGCGAGGGUUGCUGUCGGCGGAGGUUGAGAGCGAGGAUCUUCUCAGCCUCCUUCGCUACGAACGGGGGCCGCCUGCCGACGUGGGCGCCGAGACGCCCUUGGCUCGCUCGGACGCGGUGGCUGGGAGCAGCCGCCCCGGGGCGACGGCCCCAGGGGAAUUGGCCUCGGACAGGGCUCAAGGGGAAGGCCCCCGCCGAUGGAAGGAGCCACCUCUCUCCUCCGCUGAUUCCGUUUUGGGGGGACCUUCGCCGGAGCUGGGAUGGAGGCGGCCGGCGCCGGGGUCUGCCCACGAGGAAGAGGCGUCCUGCUCUUCAGACAUGGUGGAUAAAGCGGAUUUGUCGUCCUUGCCGACUUACAGGGAAGUCCCAGGCCCCUGCGAGCCCGAAGAUCUGCUGGACGGCGUGAUCUUCGGAGCCAAGUACCUGGGCUCCACGCAGCUGGUCUCGGAAAGGAACCCACCCACCCACGUCCGCAUGGCCCAAGCCCAGAAAGCCGUGGACAGGAUCAAGGCCCCCGAAGGAGAAUCGCAACCCAUGACGGAGGUGGAUCUCUUCAUCUCCACGCAGAGGAUCAAGGUCCUGACGGCCGACUCCCAGGAGGCGAUGAUGGACCACCUAUUGCAAACUAUUUCCUACAUCGCUGACAUUGGGAACAUCGUGGUUCUCAUGGCCCGCCGGAAACUUCCUCGCCGGGCCGACGCCUCUGCCGAAAAGCAACUCUACAAGAUGAUCUGCCACGUCUUCCACUCGGCGGAUUCAGUAGAUCAUGCGACUUUUAACCCUGCGGUCCUGGGUUCGAGUUCCGCGCCGGAAACCUGCCUUCUCCUUCCGCAGGCUCCCUUGAUAGCCCAAGCUAUCGGCCAAGCUUUCAGCGUCGCGUACCAGCAGUUCCUGAGGGCUAGCGGCAUCGACCCCGACCAACUCCACCCCCGGCGGUGCGGCGACGACAAGGGCGACGAAAGCUUCGUCCCGGGGGAAGAGCUGUACAACGGCGAUUUGGCGCACUUCUCCAAGCAAGAGAACUGUAAGGAAGUUGUCAUCCACAAACAGAAGGGGGAGAUCCUGGGCGUCGUGAUCGUGGAGUCGGGCUGGGGCUCCAUCCUGCCCACCGUGGUGGUGGCUAACCUCAUGCACAAAGGUGCAGCGGAGCGGUCAGGGAAGCUGAGCAUUGGGGACCGCAUCAUGUCAGCCAACGGGACCAGCCUGGUGGGGUUGCCCCUGGCUUCCUGCCAGGGCAUAAUACGGGAUUUGAAAAGCCAGACUGUGGUGACCCUCAGCGUGGUCCACUGUCCGCCCGUCACCACCGCCAUCGUGCGGAGACCUGAUGCGAAAUACCCGCUGGGGUUCUGCGUGGAGAACGGCAUUGUCCACAUCAAAACCAUGCCGGCAUCAACCUUACCGUCUUCUGACCGGACAGGAACAACCCGUUUUCCUAUGAAGGAAGGUGUUUUCUUGGGGCGGCGGCAAAUCUACACCUGCUUAACAAGUUGCAUGCAACCCCUUCUCGCUUCGCAAACCAGACUCUGUGCACCAAAAGCGGCCUUCUCUGAAUUCAGACCUGCCCGCCUCUCAACGGAACUUUUUCUCCACCCGGAGUCACAGGAAAAAAAGGUUUUAUUUUUGCUUUAACUGGGAGCGUGUGUUUGUGUGCGGUUAAUUUUGGGGUGCUGGUAAAUUGUCCAUCUUCAAGCGUUGCCCUGCAAUGUUCGUUGCGGAGAUGUGGGUUUUUCUGUGUGUGUGUGUGUGGAAUUGUUUUCUGGGUCGGGAUAUGGGAAGCCGCUAAGAAGCAGUGGGAGAAAGGCUGCACCCCAUCACGCUGCUGGUGGAUAAAUAGUUUUUAUAUAUUGAAAUAAAUGCUGCCCUUGUGUUAAAAUUGGCAUGUCCUGGAAAUAAGGGGAAAGAGAAUAGCAGCGAAGGGAUUACGCAGGAACUGUUUUUUUCCUUGAGGUGCUGGAUUUCCUGAUUGCGUGGAAACAAUUUUUUCCCUUGAGGUGCUAGAUUUCUCCUUGCAGGGAGGUUGGGUUAUAUAUUAUAAAGAAACAAAAUUCUUUGUAGUGGGGCAGUCUACACCCACCUCACUGCUCUACUGUCUUUAUUGAAUAGACCAAAUUUCUCCACCCCCCUCUCUCUCUCUCUCUCUCACACACACACACACACAUACACACUCAGUCCUGCCGUGUGUUAAAAACUUUGGCGGCUGCUCUUUGCAACAAGAAACAAGUCUAAAGCAAAACUUGCAGAAGGCGUCCAUCCACAAACCUUUCAGUAAGGAGUGGGAAUGGGCUGCCUUGCUGAUCGUCAGACAAAAUGCUAA